AUGUCCUCGCAGUCCUCUUUCGCGCAGCCAGAGCCUAGUGAAACCCCUCCAGGAGCAACCAAAUCACCAGUUGACCUCGCAACCCUUUCCACCCCGCAACUCCGCUCCCUCCAAUCCCGUCUGAGCUCAGAGCUGGAACAUCUGACAAGCUCCCACGCAAAAUUACGAAACGCUCAGUCAAAGUUCCGCGAUUGCAUCCGCUCGAUAAAUGACGGUAUAACCCCUCCCACCGGAGGUACAAAUGGUGCUGGGGGAGGUACUGUGGCCGGGGAAAGUGACGAUAUUCUGGUUCCGUUGACGAGCUCUUUGUAUGUCAAAGGAACCCUGGCAGAUAGGAAGAAUGUAAUUGUGGAUGUGGGGACGGGAUUUUAUGUUGAGAAGACAAUGCCAAAGGCCAUCGCCUUCUACAACGCAAAGGUCGAAGAGCUAGACACAAAUCUACGAGAGUUGGAGAAAGUCGUGCAAUUGAAGAGCAUGAAUCUACGGACAAUCGAGGAGUUCCUCCGCCAAAAGCUCCUUAGUGAAGCUACUACAGGACCAUCCAGUUCCGGGGGUGGUGGUGAUGCUUAA